UCUUUAAAUAAGAGGCGAGCUGUUAGUUUCUUGUGAAGCAGAACACAGGUUGUUGCAGCGUGGGGUCGGAGACUCCGUCAUGUCUCUGUUUGUGAUACUCGGGCUGCUCGUCUGCAUCCAGGCUCAAGGAACCAUUGAGACUCCUGUGUUUGUGCUGAAGGGACGUGAUCUGCUCCUGAAGCUUCAUGCUGAUCCUCCUGAGGGUUUUAUAUAUGUUGACUGGAAAAUCAAUAAAACAGUAACUUUAGUGAGAUUUGAUUCUAGUGGAAAAGCAGCUGUCACUGGAAGGUUUGAGUUAGGUGAGAAUAAAUUCUCUGUGAUAUUGAAGAAUCUCCAGGAGGUUGACAGUGGAGUUUAUUCUGCUGUAGCAGCAACAUCUACAGAAGACAAACUAGUAUCUGAAUACAAGGUCACAGUUCAAGGACCAGUGUCUCCAGUUGAACUGACCGUGGACCCAGUGGACUCCAGCAGCUCAGAGUCAUGUGACCUCCAUGUGACCUGCAGGACUCACAACUCUCACAUCAGCAGCACUUUCAGAUGUGUCGACCGGGUCUGCAGUCAGGAGGGAGGAGAGCGAUCAGAGGUCACGACCUCUGGGGCUUCUCUCCAGGUCUACCUGCUGAACACCGUGAUCAUCUGUAACCAUAGCAACCAGGUUCACUGGACCCAGGACUUUGAUACAACUGCAUACCUUUGCCCCUCAAAACCUGAGCUUCCCUCCGUGUUCCUGGUGAAGAUGGUGGUGUUCUCUGUGGGUCUGAUCAUCAUGGUGUCUGCCGUCAUCACUGUUCACCUCGUGGACUUCAAGAAGCACCAAGAAAGAAAUGGAGGUCAAACCCCUCACGCUGCCCUGGAGGAAAGCUCCCACCUAAAGGUCACCUUUUAGACCCUUGAUGAUGUUCCACUGACUCACAGCAGGUGGCAGCAACACACCAGGAGAAGAAAAGAGGAAGACGACGCAAAGCAGCAAACAUGGACGCAAACUAUUAGGAUUUAAAGUAUUUUAUGAAUGAUGGAUGCAAAUAAACCUAAUUAUGUAUAAAGACCAACAAUAUGUAAGCAAAUGACCUUAAAAGGUACGCAGUAUAAUUCUGCAUACGGUCCUAUUUACAAUGAUAAAUACACAUUGCAUAUUUGUCUGCUUGCAUUUACAGUAUUUAUUCGUACAUUAUUCUGAUCGGCAGGUUUUGUUUUAGAUGUAAACUUGUUAAAUAAAAGAAGCUUCCUGAAUCAUGGAGCUUAAAUCUCACCAAUCAGGUGAGGUCUUAAAAGUCUAAAAUGUACGUUGCUCUUUAGGAAAUGAUCAGAUGAAAGGUGACAUGAAGAAUCAAACCAGGUACCAAAGCUUCCUGCAGCACAACAACAUAUUUAUUACUUUAUCAACGUUGAUCUUAAAUGUAAAAGAUGUCAUUAUUAAUAUCUCCAAUUGUGACACGUUUGUGUAGAAAAGAAUCUUUCAGCAUUAAAGCUUCAAUA